AUGAAAAUCACUACUCUUACUCUGCUCUUUGGAGCCAGCAUCCUGGGCGUUGAAGGUGCCUGGGAUUUAUACAGAGAUGUACAGUGCAACUACAAAAAGUCAUCUGUUGAGCUCUGGCACAAUUGCUUUGUGAACGGCAAAGAACCCUACACCGAUAAAGACUGUGGUCUCGCUUGCGCUCGCGCAGGUAGGAAUGAGGGAAACAAGUUUGCCCACGCCAGUAACUACAAUGGCGGUCAGAGCUGUGGACUUAUCUGCUAUUUCAAGUAG